UUUGUAUUUUGUUUGACAGUUGUUUUUGACGUUUGUUCGAUCGCCCAUAGAACUCACACAUUCUCGCGGUUUAAAAUUGUAUGCAGAUGAAAGCUUCACCGUAAAAUUUUGUAUAAUAAUAAAUCAGUAAUAUCAGUUUUGUAAUGCGUAUUUGUGAAUUUUACAUUACCAGUGCAUUAAAGUAUUUGUGAACACAUUAAAAUAUAAUACUGAGAUUAACGGUAAUGGCUGAGGAGAUGGUACAAAUAAAACAAGAACCGCUAGAGAUAAUCUACGCUGCGGAAAUGGCCGAUAUUGAAGGUGACGCCACAAAUAGCAGCAACAGCAGCAGAAGUAAUGAAGGUUCUUUUGAUAUUAGCGACAAAAGGGCGUAUAGCCUUCUAAAGCCAGUCAAUACAGGCAAUUUUCAUGCUAAUGUCACAAUUAAAGUUGAACCAGAUAUGUAUGAAUAUAAUUAUGCGACAGCAAAAUUUGGAGAAGCAACAGAAUUUGAUGAUAUUAACCAAGAGGAGAAUUCAAUGAGUUCGGAAAGCAUGGCACAAAAUAUACAAGUGAAGGAGGAACCAGAAGAUGAUUAUUUAUAUAUUGCUGAAGACUACAAUAUGUCUGAAGACCUACCAUACUCUACUAAUGACACUCACGACGAUGAAGAGGAUCAGCUAAACGCAUUGUCUGACGAUUUUCAAGUAGUGGAUGAGCAUGAAAAUAUUAUAACUAUAACGGCAAAUGAUUUGUCACCAAAUAGCACAGAGCUAGCGUUCAAGCAAAAAUUUAUACAAAAACGCAAUAAAAAUUUUACAAAUUUUGAUAACUCACGCCCACAGAAUGGUCGCACCUGUAAUCGCAGAAUUAAGAAAUAUAUGUGCAAAAUAUGUUUGAAACGUUGUCAAGAAGAACUGCAGUAUAGACAACAUAUGGAGCAGCAUAGAAGGAAUCGUUUAUAUUGCACAAGAAAGGCAUGUGACGAAUGGUUUAGUACGCUAGAAGAAUGUGAGAAACACGAAUAUGUAUUACACUCCGUUAAGCAUUUAAAGUGCAAUGUUUGCAAUCAUAAAUUCCUAAACUUUGAACAACUGUGUCAACAUAAAGAAACCAUGCAUGGCAAAUUAAAACGUUUCGUUUGUUCCAUGUGCCGUGACUGGUUUAUCAGUAUGGACGAGCUACAAGAACAUUGGCAGUCUUUGCCCGAUAGAUGUGGACGCAUGUUAAGCAUACUCAGCGAAACGCCAAAGCUAUCGAAUAUCCUAAAACUGGCCAAACAAGAAGCAUACGCAACAAAUUCGUAUAAAAUUAAAUGUGCCUACACUGGCGCACCUGCCGGUUUAAAACUGCGUUUGAAACCAAGUUUGUUGAAGAGCCCCGAACAGCAAUGUGUCAGAGAACAAGCCAGCACGGUUGAGAUAAAGCAAGAACACGUCGAUUAUGAAACAAUACUGCCUGAUUUUACAGUAAAAGUGAAAAAUGAAUCUUUACUAAAAACUGAAAACAGCGAAAGUGUAACAACAAGUGAAAAACAGUUAGUGGUAUCGCCACUAAAACUACGCAUACGCAAGCAAUUGUUAAGUCGAACUGAAAAUGAAAACGUGACAACUCCACAGACACAAGAAUUCAGAACAAAUCCCUUGAGUCAUCUCUUAGCACAACGCAUUACCUCGAAAUUCGCGCUAAAAAGUGUGCCAAAAUAUUUUAACUUAGUCAGUAAAGCAGGCGAGGGUGAAAUUUUGAAAAAACCUGCAACUACAACUUCCCCGCAAUCACUGCUCAAAUCAUCGGUGGCGUUGCAGCAAAGAAAUGCGAAUGCUGCGCAAACUGCAAAGAUUUCGCCGAAAAGUGAAAAUGCGCCAAAAAUGCUAAAACUAUCAUCGAAUUUUAGAAUUGUAAAGAUGUUACCCAAAGAAGCACAACCGAGUUUGAUAAAGUUGACCAACAACAACAACAACAGCAGCACAUUUCCACAUGCCACCACAGAGCACACGCCAACACAAGUGUCAUUGCUCGCUAAAAAGCAAUUGCGCGUUACAGAAAUACCACCCAAUAACCGUUAUUUCGAGGUGAAACAAAUUGAAGUGCCGCCUGUGAAUAAAGUGGAUGUCGCUGCCAAGCUAGAAUCGGUGACAAUAACAAAUACAGAAAUAAGUCUAACGGAUCUACUUAAUGAUGUGAUAGUGCAGAAAAACGACGAGCAAAAUGCCGAAAUGACAGCAGAAGAUAAUAUUGAAAUCAAAACAGAGUUUAUUAAAACUGAAUUGGAUGAAGAUAUGUUGGAGUUACAACAACAAUGCGACGAUUCAAUAUCGCCCGCGACUUUUAGUGACAGUAGCAGCAAUGCCGCAAACAGCAUACGGAUUUGUCAUGAAGGUGGUGACUUGCCGCCACGUCCACGUUCGCCGCAUUUAACACGCAAUCGUUGUCGUAGCAAACCGAAAAUUAAUCCAGACGGUUACAUUUGUCCGAAUUGUAAGCGCCGCUAUACGACGCGCGCCAUGAUCAAUGAGCAUUUGCGCAGUAGUUGCGGCCGUAAUCCACAACACCAAUGCGAUAUCUGUCACAAAUAUUUCUUCUCGACCAGCACGCUGAAUUGUCAUCGCACCAUACAUACGGGCGCCAUGCCGUAUAAGUGCAACUACUGUGAUAAACGUUUUCGCACACGCGGUCAAGUCACCGUACAUCAUCGCACGCAUACCGGCGAACGUCCGUUUGUUUGUGAGAUUUGUUCACAAAGUUUUACGCAUCGCGAAACGCUCAUCUCACAUUUGUCGCGUCACAUUGGCAUGAAGCGUUACAAAUGUUACGGCUGUAACAAGCUCUUCUCCUGCAUUAGCGGUCUAAGUACGCAUCGUGCCACACGUCCGGACACGUGUGGACAAUUUGAGUUGAAUACGCGUGCGAUUGGACCACGCGUACGUGUAAUACGUGGACGCGUUGUAUUCGAACCACAACCGACCGAGCCAGAUGUUGAUGAACCGGAAGAUAUUAAUAUGAAUGCUGACACUGUUGUUGCACCAGCGGUUUUAGCGGAAAUUCAAAAUAAAUAACAAAUAUUUGUAAAAUUAUUUUUUUGAAUUAAAUUGUUAUAUAAAUCGUAGAGCACGAAUUCAUUGGUGUAAAUAUGCUGAAAUUGUAUAAAAAAAUUAUGUAUUUUUGCAGCCAAUAGGGCAAUGCUGUUACUCGUUAUGCUAAAAUAUUGGUAUUUCUUGCUAAACUGUAGUUAUUAAGUUACCAUAUAUUGUUUAUUAUAUUGUGUAACAAUUACUCACACUAUAGUAUAACUAGUUUUUAGUUGCGUAUGCUUUUUUUUAUAUAGAUUUACAUACAUAUAUAUACUUACUUUAUCGUUAAGUAAUUUUAGUGGUUAAUAUAUAUAUUUUUUUUGAAUAACACUAAUAAAAUAUUUGCUAAGAAAAUUUGAA